UUUUUUUUUUUUUUUUGAUUUAUUCCUUUCCCUUUUUUUCUUUUUUUAUUAUUAUUAUUAUUUAUUGCUUCUUGUAGCCAAUUUUUUUUUUUUUUUAUUCCUUCAUGUCAAAAGUCGAAGAAAGUUUUUCCUUAUUUAACGAAAAUAUUUUAGAAGACAGAGUCAAACUUAUUUCUUGGUGUCCUACAACAGACAUUUUAUUAGUAGUUUCACCGGAAAAUACACUUUCACUCUUUCGACAUGGUAAUACUUUAUUAUGGUCCAUUGAAGAUGAAAUAAAGUCUAAUGUCAAAGUCAUUGCAUGGGAGCCUAAUGGGAAAAGAUUUGUUUUAGGUUGUGAAAAUGGAACAGUAUAUAAAGUAGAUAUAACACAUUAUUUACCAAAGAUAUCAUUUUGCUGGACACCAACAGACGGUUCCUCACCUAUUGUCUCACUCGUUUGGCUGAAUUAUGAAUUUAAAAAAAAGCAAAUAGAUAUUGCUUUGAUAGUGAGAUGUUUAAUUUUGAACCAAAUCUAAUUCCAUUGAGUGAAGAACCUCCUGAAGAACCAAUAUCAUUUUUACCAAGAUCAAGAAGAAAAAAAGUAUCACUUCCUACUCAGCCUCAUGGUGAAAAUG